AUGCUGCGGGCGCUGAGGCGCUGCCUCCCGGGGCCCGUCCCGCUCCCGGGGCUAGGCCCCGGCUCCGGCCCCUCCCCGGGGCUCUGCCCCGCCUGGGGCCCGCGGGCGGUGCCGGCGCGGGGCCGCAAGACCCGGCACGACCCCCCCGCCAAGUCCAAGGCGGGCCGGGUGAAGCUGCCGCCGCCCGUGGACCCCGAGGAGCUGCUGGUGGUGCAGGAGCGGUACCGGCAGCACCGGCUGGUGCUCAGCGCCCUCCGGGCGGAGUUCAAGGCCGAGGUGCUGCAGAAGAAGCGGGAGGAGCGCCUGACCGCCGAGGGCUCGCCGGAGCAGCUGGAGGAGCACCGGCGGCUGAUGGCCUGGAACGAGGAGGAGAACGGGCGGCAGAGGGCCCGCAGAGAGGAGAGACGCAGGAGAGAAGAGGAGGAGCAGAAGAGGAGGAAAUCAGAGAUUGCAGAGAAACAGGCCAGGAAAAUGGAGGCUUUCCUGGAGGAGAAGGAGAAGGAGGUUCUCCAGCUGCAGGAGGAAGCCAAAAACUUCAUCACCCCCGAGAACCUGGAGGCUCGGAUCGAGGAGUGCCUGGACAGCCCCCGCAAUUACAACUUCGCCAUCGACAAGGACGGGCGCGUCGUCAGGCGCACGGUGCUCUCGUAGCAGCCCUGGCUCUGGUGUCCAGAGCCCCCAGAACACACAGAUCCUUCCUUGGAAUGUAUAAAUUGGCCUCAGAAGUGGUGGAGAAGGGCUCUGGCUGUGCUGCCUCCAAAGGGUUAACGCUGAGGGAAAG